AUGAUGUGCGCAGCAUGCGAAAGUAAUCUAAAACCCGGAGAAGAAUUUCUCCAGUGUAUGAAUGAAUCAUGUGGCAAGCUUUAUCAUUAUUUAUGUAAUAAUCAGACAUUAAUAUUGGAUGAGAGGUCUUUCUGGAUUUGCCCUGAAUGUCGCUGUACUGCGAAGAGGGGUGGUAAUAACUCUGAGAUUCCAGUUGGAUCACCUAUUCCUGUACGCGAGUCCAAUAUUACCAUUCGUAAAAUACCAUCUGUAUCACUUAAAGUAGAUUCUGUUGAGGAAACAUGUAAUAUCACCUCGAAUUUUAAAAUAUUACAACAACAAAUGUCUGAGCUGAAUACAAAAUUCAUCGAACUAUUCCAUUAUAUCCAUAAAUGUCAUGAAAAAAUUGACGACAGCAAGGAUAUGUUAACCACUCUCACCGAUAAAGUUACUAAAAUCGAAAACAGAGGCACACAAAAUCAAGUAUGCACAACAUCACACUUGCAAUCUCAACAACCUAGUACUGGUUCAGGUUCUAAAUCCAAAAAUACAUCGAAAGUUCAAAAGCUUAAGAACCAUAAAUCAACUCAGAAUUCCACUAAGCAGAAUCCGAUCGAACAGCCAACUACUUCCUACACUUCAGCUAUUGAUACUUAUACAGACAACAAUAUAAUAAACAAAUCAAUUGAAACUCAUAUAGAACCUGCCCCUACCGAGUCACUUAUUAGCCUCCAGUCAACUAAAAGCGAUGUUACUCUUUCUACCACCUGUAAUAUUACUAACAUUGAGCCCUGUAAGAUAGUGACCAGUAAGAAAAAAAUAAAAGAAACACCUCUAUCAGAUGCACAGGCAGUCCUGGUAUCACAACCUUAA